AUGCCCCCGAUCCUCGACUCUGGGUUUUGGCUGGAGACAGGCAAGGCGGUUUUUUACUUCUUCUGCAAGAACACUGAGGACACGCGAAACACGACUGUGUGUAUCUUGCGGAGUCUGCUUCAUCAGACGUUGAAGCAGUAUCCGGACACUCGGGAGGCAGUGAAGAGAGCGUACAAUGCCAGCAGCUCAGCUCUUGACGAACUCCACACCCUUUCUGGUCUCUUCCAUAAAGCCAUGGCUAGCCCGUCGCUAAAACGUGUGUGGUUAGUCAUCGAUGGUCUGGACGAAUGCAAACAAGAAUCGUGGGAGCCUCUUGUUCAAAAACUACUGAGUGCUCCCUUCACUACCGAUACUUCCACCCCGAGCCCUGGUAUGAAAGUCAAGCUUUUAAUCCUGACGAGGCCCAACGCAAUUCCACUGCGCACUGUCGAAGGCUCCAACAAUCUGGUGAAGUACAUCACUCGGCCUAAUAUUGCGAAUGAUCUGGAACGUUUCAUCCACAACGAGGUUCCCAGACUAUUCAAAGACCCAGAAAUUCGCGAUGAUGUAUCCCGCGAUCUCUCCACCAGGUCUGGCGGGACAUUUUUAUGGGUAGCAUUCGCUCUUAGCUAUGUUGAAAGUCUCAGGUUGACAGAGCCAUUCGCACGGGACGAAUUGCGCAGCAUGCCUACCAAGUUAAGAGACAUCUAUGAACGGAUCCUGAAAGACGCCAAAUCCCACUCUCUCCGUCAAUACGUCCGGCCUACACUGCACCUCAUCCUCGCGGCGCAAAGGCCGCCCACGACAAAUGAAUUGGCGCUGCUUCUCUGUUUUGUAGAGUCUAGUCCAUCCAAGACACCGGACAACAAGACCAUCGAGCAGAUGCAGGGGGCAUCACAAGCCUGUGACCUCCUCAUUCAAAAGAAUAUAAGAGGGACAGUAUCGACAAUCAGCAUCAUCCACCAGUCCUUGAAAGACCUUUUGGAGGAAAAGAAAAAGCGGUUGCCACGGGCUCUUCGAUCCUACGUGUUCGAUGAAAGCAAGUCGAGAAUUGAGCUCGAAACGGCUUGCCGGGCAUAUCUCUCGACAGAUGAAGUGCGAAAAGCGUUGGACUUCGUGGAACAUAAACUAUCCCGCACAAAAUCUAGACUUGCCGGCUCUUCAAUUGGCAAGGACGGGGCAACCUUAUCAGAACAACAACUUGGACUGCUGACAUUUGCAUUGCGGACCACACGCUGGAGCCCGCCUCGUGGUACUUCCCAUGGUCUUGUCUUGUGGCAGUUGCGUCGGCCGGAUGAAUUAUAUCACGGUUGGAAUUCCGAUUAUGAGGCCCGGGUGUGUGGAUUUGCUGAAAAUGCCAUCGAGAAUGCACAUGUCUCUGCCCUCCAAUUCUUCUGCAGGAUCUUAGAUGCCAUGAAUACUGAGGAGAAUUCCUGGCGGAGAAGACUCGUCAGUUGGUGCCUACUUGCGCUCGAACACGGCCACGACUUGCUCUUGGAACCACUGCUCAACGAACUCAGUCUCUUGCAAGACAAAGACUAUCUAGAGAACCUCGUUCAAAUUGGUUUGUACAACAUACUCAAAUUCCUGGCGAACAAGAGUGAAGCUCACCAAGUUGAGCGCCGCAACUCUAUGAGCACAUGCAUUCGCCUGUGCCAAAGCCACCUUGAUCAGACUGACAUGAUUCGGGGUAAUGCAUUGCAUAUUGCUGUCCGAACAUACAUCGCCGAAGCUGUGCAAAUCUGCAUAGAACAGCAUGUUGACGUGUUUGCGAAAGAUGGAUAUGGCCAAACACCCCUACACUACGCCGUAAGGAAAUCAAGCAGUGAAGUGGUUGAGCUUCUUCUGGAAGAGCACAGCAUCAAGGCACCUGCUGAAGACCAGAAAGGUAGAGGCCGAGGAGGAAACACGUUGUUGCACUAUGCUGCGCGAAGGAACGAUAGCGCAGUCUUGGAGGCUUUGCUAAAGUGCCAUUUUGGCAAGGAGUUGAUUUAUACUGCCAACAAUGACGGCGAGCUUCCCAUCCACACUGCUAUCCACAGGAGGACGACGUUGGGCAAUGUGAGGCUGCUACUUGAAGCUGAUGUAGAGAAGACGUCGCUUUGCACGACAAAUCUGAAAGGCCAAACGGCGCUUGAUUAUGCCAGAUCAAGACUGGAGCAGUGUUCUGGUGGUAUCAUGGUACAGGAUCGUUCCGGGCACGAAUUGAGUAGCUCUGCCGACAAAUGGGAGCAAAUCGUUGCAUAUCUCGAGAAGCAAGGAACGCUCGCCGUAGCAGUGCUACAGACGGAAAUACCAGGCGGCUCAUGUUCUGCAUCAGAAGUACAACAGACGAUGAGCAUUCCAGAGGACGUCACCGCCAAAAGCGUCUCCGCCAAAGACACAGUAUUCGAGGAGCCGACCAUUCAAGGACAACCACUCGAGCAGCGUCUACCUCAUGACCAGAUCAAGGAACCUGUGCAUGUACAGUACCCUGGAUCACACUUCCAAGAGCUUAAGAACAACAUAGACAAGGUCAUCGGAACGCUACUCGAACUUCAUCCACAGGAGGCAACACAAAUACGUCAUGAAGUUUUCCAACUAUGCGAGGAGCUAUUGUCCUCCCUGACGAUUUCUAUGCCGUCGCAAAGUGUGAGCGCUGCCGCUCAGUCUCAAUCAUAUCCGAAAGAGAACCAAGCGUCCAAUAUCCAAGACGAUGAGCUGCUAGACGUCGACCACGCUGGAGCAAGUGUUGUGGGGGAAGGCAAGGAUUCUUCUAAUGCUGAGGAGGGCAUCGGCGACGAUGGAAGGGCACCUAGUCAUUCGAGCGAACUCGACAAUUUGCAAGGCACGCAAUCUCUGGCGGCCGAACCACCUCCAAAGCCACUAUCUUCUUCAGACAAACACUUGGGUGCCGUACUAAGAUCAAGCCAAUUAGCUCAUCUUCCUAGAGACAUCCUCCAACCAUCUGAGCUCCUUCUGAAGCUGCAAUACGAACUACCACGAGAGUAUCGACUCUGGACUCCCCUGCUCACCCGCUUGUUCUACGCCAUCGGCAGCCCUGAAAGCUUCCUCCAACUACGAGACGCCUGUCGCUUCAUCCGUCGAACACCUUUCAAAGCUCGGCCAGUGAGCACUGGUAACAGCGAUCUCGCAGAAACCGUCCAAGCCCUUGAUUCUCUCGAAGACACCGACUGCGUGGCCUCCGUACUUCGCCGAUACCAUCUAUCUCGACUCCUUGAAUAUCGCAACGCUCGCUGGCAACAUCACCAAUCUCGAUUCCCUAAUGUACGGGUGACGAAAUUCAAGCACGGCCAUGUGCGAGUCAAGCAAGCCAAGCCAAACGAAGGUCAGAAAACAGCUGCAUCAGCAGCACUGAAGGACUUACUGGCGGAAGCGUACCCUCAACUGCACGAUGAAAGUGGAAAGCCUUUGAGCAAGACUAGCGGCCCACAUCAAAGAGCCUACAAGUCUCUGAAAAGACGCUUGGGUAAUGGCCGCAACUGGCUCGCUUUGUCCCAGGCUUUCUCCGCAGGGAUUCUCAGCCUCGUGCCCACGGGAGGUGACUUCUCAAUCCAUAACCAUCAGAUUGAGAUGAUCCCGGCAGCCGCUUUCCAAACAUUCCUUUCAGUUCUGUCCUCUCAGCGUGGAGGCUUUCUUCGCAUGGCCUCAGCGAUGUUAUCAAAGGGGAUCUUCGAGGUUCUGAUGGGGAAGGGACUGGACCAGUUGUGGUAUCCUCUGGAGAACUUUAAUGAAGAGACAUGUGAAAGCGAGGGAUUUGACUCGUUUGCCCUGGUCACUGGCUGCACGAGCAAGGCAGGUGAGAAUCCGCGGAAGACUAAUCCUCAGUUUCUCGGGGGCGAAGGCGUGGUGUAG